GUGCAAAACAUAAUAUCAGUCUCGUUUUAGUAUGUUUUGUUCUUGUUAAUUUAAUACUCAUGUCGUCAAAAAAUUUCAUUAACUCAGAUCCUGAUUUUUGUGCUCGUUGUGGAGGUGUGCUUCCACUCCCAGGAAACGAAGAUGUUGUAGUUUGUUCUAUGUGCGCGUAUAAAGUUGAUGUUAGAAAGUUUGAUGGCUUAACUAUUGCUUAUGAAAUCAAGUUUAAUAAUAAGGGCAAAUAUAGGAGAAAAAAGGAAAAAGAAAAAGAAGAAAGAAAAAGUGCUGCUCUUGGUCCUUUGGUUGACAGAGAAUGCUCAAAAUGUGGAAAUCAGAAUAUGACAUAUGCAACUCUACAAACUCGAUCUGCUGAUGAAGGGCAAACAGUUUUUUAUUCGUGUCCUAACUGUCAACAUCAAGAACAUGAAAAUUCUUAAAUCAAUGUGGAUUAUUUACCAUUUUGUGAUUAAAGAAUUUGAGAAUUUCAUGAGGAAUGAAAGAUACAGUCCUUGAAUGAUGUUGUAUAGUAAAUUUGGGUUUAUUUCAUAUAGUUUUAUAUUGUAUAUAUAAUAAAAUUUUUCAUAAUUUGAGCAUUCA